AUGACAACCAGAAACCUCAACAAGACCUGGCGCGACGUUGUCUUUGAACAGUACGAAGCCGACCACGCAGCAGACGUCCCAUUUCCAAUCCGCUACUUGAUCUUCGGCCCUGAGUGGAAAAAGGAUAUCUUUAUUGAGAUCCCCAACAAGAUCGACGUGUUUGACUUUCGUCAAGCUCUCCUCCGCGGCGUUAGUUCCCGGCGCCUUGAACCCGACCCGGCCUACGAAGACGACCUUAUCAAGAUCCGAGCUCACCCGAGAUAUGCUAGUCGUGGCAACAGUGGCUAA